AUGGCUCUAGGUGACUAUGAAGAAAUUCUCAAGUACUAUGAAUUGUAUGAAACCAUUGGAACAGGAGGCUUUGCCAAGGUGAAGCUUGCACGACAUCAUCUCACAGGUGAAAAAGUGGCAAUCAAGAUCAUGGACAAACUCGCCCUAGGGGACGACCUGCCCCGUGUGAAGGUAGAGAUUGAUGCCAUGAAGAACCUGAGCCACCAGCACAUCUGCCAGCUCUAUCACGUGGUAGAGACAAGCAGGAAGAUAUUCAUGGUUCUGGAGUACUGCCCUGGGGGAGAGCUGUUUGACUACAUCAUCUCCAGGGACCGGCUGUCGCAGCAGGAGACUCGCAGCUUCUUCCGGCAGAUCGUCUCUGCCAUGGCCUACGUCCACAGCCAGGGCUAUGCCCACAGGGACCUCAAGCCAGAAAAUCUGUUGAUUGAUGGGGACCAUAACCUGAAGCUGAUAGACUUUGGACUUUGUGCAAAGCCCAAGGGUGGCCUUGAUUACCACCUGAACACCUGCUGUGGGAGCCCAGCCUAUGCAGCACCAGAGCUGAUCCAGGGCAAAGCCUACAUUGGCUCUGAGGCAGAUGUCUGGAGCAUGGGAGUGCUGCUGUAUGCUCUGCUGUGUGGAUUCCUGCCCUUUGAUGAUGACAAUGUCAUGGGGGUGUACAGGAAGAUCAUAAGAGGAAAAUACACUGUCCCAAAAUGGCUGUCUCCAAGCAGUGCUCUGCUGCUCAGCCAGAUGCUGCAGGUGGACCCCAAGAAGAGGAUCACAGUCAAACAUCUCCUGAGCCACCCCUGGCUGAUGGAAGGCUACUCUGAUGCUGUGCAGUGGCAGAGCAAAUACACACUGGGACAUCUUGAUGAAGACUGUGUGGCAGAGCUGUCUAUGUUCCAUCAGCAGAGCAGGGAGAAUAUCCUGGACCUGAUCUCACAGUGGAAGUAUGACCAGAUCUCUGCCACCUACCUCUUGCUUCAGUCCAAGAAGGCUCGUGGCAAAGGAGUUUCCUUGAGGGUUCCACCACCUCUGAGGGGCCAUGGCAGCACCACACCACCUGCAGACCCUCAGCCUGACAAAGCUGUGACCCAGGGAGAGGUGCCAGGCUGUAGUCAGCUGCCAACUCUGUUUGGAUCCAUGGAGUUUCCUGAUGCAUCUUCAGCACCUGAAGAGUCUCCCUCAGAAGAAUUUAUCCUAAAAGCUCACAGGACAAAGCAGCCUUCAAGCCAUGAAGCUGAGCUGGAGGACAGGGAAUUCCCAGCAGCCACUCCAGUGACAAGAAAAGUGGCAUCAAAGCAGGAUGAAAACAAAGAGAACUUUGAGACACAACCAGCUGUCAGGAAGGAGGUGCCACUGGGGCUGCCUUCUCCAAGGACUCCUUUCCCAAAGAGACAGCAGCUGGAGGCACAAGUGCCAAACACUCCCUUCCAGACCUGGACAGCUCAGGUGGGCAGCAGCCAGAAGAAGAGGAAAGCCAAUAUAUUUGGAAGCCUUGAAAGAAGCCUGGACAAGGUGAUCACCAUGCUGACACCAAGCAAGAAGAGGAAGUGCACUAGGGAUGGCCCAAGAAGACUCAAGGCACACUACAAUGUCACCACCACUCAGCUCCUCAACCCAGACCAAGUCUUGAGUGACAUCAUGGCUGUGCUGGCCCAGAAGCACGUGGAGUAUGUCCUCAGUGGCUACAGCUUGCGGUGCCAGUGGUGCUGGCAGCCGGGCAGGGCCUCGCUGGUGUUCGAGCUGGAGGUGUGCCAGCUGGGCACCACUGGUGCGCUGGGCAUCUGGCGGAAGCGGCUGGAGGGCGACGCGUGGCUCUACAAGAGGCUGGUGGAAGACAUCCUGUCCAGCUGCCAGCUCUGCCUG